AUGGUUUCAAUGUAUUAUAGAGGGGUUUCAUCAUGUAUGAUUGUUUAUGAUAUUACUAACAGACAAUCAUUUGAAGGGGUUGAAAGUUGGUAUAACCAAAUAAAAUCAGAACAAGGUUGUGAAAAUAUUCGUUUGUUAGUAAUAAAUAUUGGGGUUACAUAA